AUGACUAGUGUCAAUCCUUCAGAUGACGUUGAGAAUCCCUCAGGUUUUUCAAGAAAUAAACCCACAACCAUAGAAACUGAAGCUGAAGGCAUGGCUGAGGACGUCAAGCUAGGGAUACCCGUUGUCGCCACAGUCCUUGAUGAAAUGGACAAGGUGCACAAGGCAAUGCUCUUCAAGGGCGAACUGAUAAACGGCCUCUCUGCUGUCAAAUAUGAGGUUUGUGAUGUCAAGGAAUGCUCUGAUCCCUACCCUGAGGAUGCCAUCGAUGAAGAUGAUUCCGUGAUCACUUCUGCUGAUCAUGAAGACCAUCUCUCCACCUCUGCAUUGCCAAUUGCUGGUGAUGAGGAUGAUGAUGAAGACGAUGAUGAAGAGGAGAACGUUGAACUUCAAAUCCCUGAUGCCAGCAAUGAUCUUGGUGAUGAUGAUGAAGAUGAUGAAUUUUGCAUCCAAGUCAUCCCAAGACAUCCAACACUGAAGGGAAUCUCCAUCUGGGAACCAUCUUCCUAG